AUCGCUGCAGGCUAAAGGCUUGGGUGUUUCAACCUUCAUGCUUCAGAUUCCAAAUGGCCAGCCGGUUUCUGACUGGUGAACAUAGGCGCCUGCCUAUUUCUAGUUCAUCAGCUCCUGCACCUAACCCAGAGGGUGUACCUUUGGCCUCCAUCAUGGCAUCCGACAAAAGGUCGAGAAGAGGUCCGAAAGAAGGCGAUGCUUCUGGAAUGACCAACAUGAGCGGCCAGUCCCAUCCCAUUGAUGCGCACCGUUCCGUACUCCCCUUCUUCUUUGAGCAGAGACUGAUGGACAAUGGAGAGGCAUGCAAGGGGCUGGCCCUUUCUCUGUUCAGCCGUGACAUACGAAGCUCACACGCAAUCCACUACCACAUCUUCACCUCGGUCAUCAUUUGACACUGACAAAUCCCCGUGUGAUCACACUUCCCCUCUCCUCCGUAAUGCUGCCUGGAGCUUGGUCAUGCGGCUGAGGAACUCACAUCAAGGACCUUCUUGGACAAGGCUAGGCGAUUCUGUCGUUGCCCACAUCAUUUCAUGCCCUCUGGGAGCGAAAGUCAGCCUUGCUGGCGUGUUUGUACCAUCAUUAUCGUCUUGUACGACAAGCCCAUACACCAGCCCAAAGUACCAGCAAAAGUCGCCGAAAAGUGCCAAGAUGGAGCCGUCAAAGAUAGCACUGGGAAUCUUUUGCUUUCCAAAAAGGGACAUGCUUUCGGGUCAUCGAGCGCUUCGAUUGGUACCCCUUUUGCUGGUUCUGAAACGUGAACGGCAUCGUCGCCAGACUCCUACAUACAACUUCCCCAAAGCACUCUUCCUUCUCGCACCGUCUGCCACAGCGCUUGGUCCAUCAAGCGACUGGCACAACGUUGCCUUGGCAGACGCCGGUUUGGCAGACGCCCACUCCAGCGACCCUUUUGACACUGUCGUGGAACUAACAUUCUGGAAUAGAGGCUGAGGUGUAACCCCAUGUCGAAUACCAUCAAGACGAAAACCGUUUACCAAGGUCGACGACAUGCUCAUUACAUCACCCAGUCAGUCCUUGUCAAGUGACUUGAUGAUCAAUAUUCAAGAUUGGUGAGAGUGCGCAGCCUGCCCCAAAGGGGAAAAGCUCAGCUCCUUCACUGUGUCUUGAGGUUCUCCACGGCAGCCCCAGCCAAGUCCUCCCACGCAACGCCCACUUCUCAACGCUCCUACUUCUAGGGCUGGAACCAAUCCAGCAGAGCACAGCCCCAGACCUUU